UGUAUGUAUGUUGUUAAAUGUAUAUUAUAUCAAUAUAAUGAGUUAUUAGACGUUGAAGAGAACGAUAGUAUUUCAAAAGGGGCAACUGUUUUAAAUGUGUCGAUAGUGAAUAGUAUUUAGUGACAUCCUGCGUCACGAACGUUUUACCAUUUCCCGCGAUAAUUUGAUGAUAAUAAACGUGAUAAGGAACGCUUUAACGUAUACAUACGUAUAUGAUGGAAUCCGAACUAAGUAACCCAUCAUCAACAACAAUAACUUCAUCGUCCGUCGCCGUCGGAGCGACGGACCAACAGAAAACGAUCGUUCCUUUGAAAACAACUUUGUCACCUUUCUACCAAUUCAUCAUGACGCCGGAUAAACGAAACAGCUAUUCUAAUAUUUAUUGCCGAAUUUGUCACGAAGAUGACAGUAUCGAGGAAUUAAUAGAUCCUUGCGAUUGCACCGGUAGUUUAGGCUUGAUACAUGCCAGUUGUUUGGAAAAAUGGUUGACCGCGUCUAACACAGAUCAUUGUGAAAUUUGCAAGUAUACUUACGUCCUCGAGAAGAAAGAAAAACCUUUGUGUCAAUCGUGUUGCCAAUGGUGGAAAAGUAAUUCCGCGUAUGGACCACAAGGAAUCACGGGAGAUGUGAUUUGUUUGGUAGUACUUAUGCCAUUAUGUAUAGUUGCUACUUAUUUGUGUGGAAUUGGUGCUAAUGCAUACGCACGAUUAGGUUUUUGGGAAGGUAUUGGUUUAGCUGUACUUUGUUGUAUGCUGGUCAUGACAUUUUUUUUAUGGUUCAUCAUUACUAUAAGGUUUCAUUAUAUAUCAUGGAUACAAUGGCGUAAACAAAAUCUUGAUAUAAAGCUACUCGUCAAACACAAAUCGGGAACGACUCAUAUAAAAGCUUAUUGGAUAAAUAAUAAUGAUAAUAGAGUCGACGAUACAAUUUAUAAUAACAAUCGUUUCACAUGCUUUUUACCUAUUUUCAGAAACAACGUUGAUCCUAUUUAUAACAUACAACAACAGAUGACAUUCGUUUGAGUAUUUAUUUACUAUACAAAAGUAACAUUUAAUCAUCUGUGUUAUAUUUUUUUAUGUAAA